UGUUGUUAAAAGAUUAGUACCACACAAACCAUGACUUCUAUGACUUUGCAUAUUCCGUUUUAAAAUCUUACAAGAUCUUCAAUACAAAAUCUAAUAUAUUUCUAAAAAGAAAAAAAAAAUCUAUAUAUUAAUGAAGCCCUAAUUAACCUUAUCCAAUAAGACGCCAAAAAUGUCCACUCGAUUGGGAAAACUCAGUUUCUUCUUCAUCAUCGCCUUCCUCGUCCUGCUUUUUGUGGGAGCUUCAAAGGCUCGCUAUCUCUAUCGUCAGCCAAUCAUCACUGCUGAUCAAAUCCAAAUAAAUCAUAACCAAAUUGAAGAAUAUGUCGAGCCAACCAACGAGAAUGCUAAAUCAGCAGCGUAUUAUGUUGACCUAAUCAAUCAGAAUACCAAAUCCGCAUACCAUGCUUACUUGCAUACUAAGCGUCUAAACAUAUUCGGCACCGAAUGGCUAUGGAGGAUUGAUGUACUUCUCCUUCUUCUUUGUUUGUCUUUCUUUGUUACCGAUUUAUCUUCUAGGGUUUUCUUUUGCAUCGCAAGCAGAUGUUCUGCUAAGGUUUCAAAAUCUAUAUGAUACUUGAGAUCGUUUGUUAUCGUUUUUUUGGAUUAUUCAUUCAACGUUGUUCCAAGCAUUUUUACUUAUGAUUCGUGCUACAUCAUUUCUUUGAAACUAUCGAACUGUCCAAGUAACAAUGAAAAUGUAACUACUAACAAUUGUAUCUUAUUUUCAGGCAAUCAAGAAUUUUCUUGU